UGAAGGUGGCUUCCGCGCUCCGUGUGGAGCGCACUCGGUGUACGACAGUAUAUUAUCCACAGAUCAUAUCCAGAGGACAAGUUGGAGAUGAUAUAAAACUGUAUUCUGGUGAGAGGGGAAUGAGCUGUUCGAAGUAAACUGAUCUCGAUUAGGUAUAGUUUAGUCUACCCCAUACAGUGCAGUGCCUACUCUCCGCGCGAAGACAGGGGCGACAUCAGACAUCGCACUCCGAGUGGACCUAUAUUAAAACUGAUUUCAAAUGGACGACACAAAAGGACUGGACAAUAUCUAGUCACAGUACACAGAAACUCCAGAGGACUUUACUGUGUUGGGGAUCGUAAGACAGCAGCUGCAUACCUCAUAGGAUAUCCCAAGUUGUAAAGGCUUGAGAAUGCCAAGGCGGGCAUUUAUUAACUUAUCGAAUAUCCAUAGUUAAAGGCCUACUUUCACUUUUAAAGAACAGAAAACGAAUUAAAAGGAGGAUGGGGUGUGUGUGGCUGGUGAUGGUGUAUGUGGUGUGUGUGUGCCUUUGGGGUCAGAGCGAGUCGGACAGGACCAACCAGGCCUCUCCCAUCCAUCUGCAGGUUGGCAAUGGAGCCUCAGAACUGUGUAUGAUAGAUGUGAUUCUGUGCCAGGAUGAGAAUGCGUUGCUGAGUUUCGAGGCGAUCCGUAGCAUCCACAAACUGAUGGAUGAUGAUGCGGAUGGAACUGUGGACAUGAGAGAGACAGACGGGUUCCUGAGGGAGGAUCUGAAGUACCAUGACCCCAAAGGGAAACACAACAGUUUCCAUGGAGCAGACCUGCUCAUCAGUGUAGAGGACAUGUGGAACGUAUGGAGGGCCUCGGACGUGUACAACUGGACAGUGGAGGAGGUGGAGGACUGGCUCAUACACUAUGUGGAGCUCCCUCCGUAUGUGGACAUCUUCAAGAAGCACAAUCUGGAUGGAAGGGCCUUACCCAGGUUGGCAGUAAAGAACAUCACUCUCACUCUGUCCAUUCUGAAGAUUAUUGACCGGAGUCACGCCCAGAAACUACAGCUGAAAGCAAUGGACACCGUGCUGUUCGGACCACCACUCAUGAGCAGACACAGCUACCUGAAGGACCUGAUGUUGGUGUUCUCCAUAGUGAUGGCGCUGGGUGGCUGCUGGUUUGCUUACAUCCAGAACCGUAGCUCCAAAGACCACCUGGGCAAGAUGAUGAGGGACCUGGAGGGCCUACAGAGAGCAGAGCAGAGCCUGCAUGACCUGCAAGAGAAAUUGCAGAUCGCCCAGGAGGAGCAUCGUAGUGUGGAGGUUGAGAAGGUAACGUUGGAGCAACGUCUGAGGGACGAGAUCAACGAAGCCAAGCAAGAGGCCCAGAGACUCGGUAAGCUACGGGAGGGAACAGAGAACGAGUGGAGCAGGCAGAAAUAUGCUGAGGAAGAGCUGGAUCAGGUGCGUAUGGCCCUGAAGAAGGCAGAGCGGGAGCUGGAGUCUCGGGCCUGCUGGUCUCCCCCUGAUGCCCUUAAGACCUGGCUGCAGCUAACCCAUGAGAUAGAGGUCCAGUACUACAACAUCAAGAAACAGAGCGCUGAGAAACAACUACUUCAGGCCAAAGAGGGGGCUGACAAGAUCAAGAAGAAGAGGAGCACCCUGUUUGGGACGUUCCAUGUGGCUCAUAGCUCCUCCCUGGACGACGUUGAUCACAAGAUCCUGACUGCCAAGCAAGCUCUAGGUGAGGUGACGGCUGCUCUGAGGGAGAAACUUCACCGCUGGCAGCAGUUGGAGUCUCUUACAGGCUUACCAUUGGUCAAUAACCCCGGUCUGCCCGCCCUGGCUGCUGCCCUCAACCUAGACCCCGCCUUCCUGGGCCUGCACCCGCCGAUCCCGCAGCACCUAAUCCUAUCAGACGAUUUAGACGACAUGGACGAGGAUAUCCUGUCCCCAGGGACGCUGCGGUACGCAGCCUGGCAGAUGGACCGGCGAGUGAGUGACCUCUGGCCAAUGAGCGGCAUCUCCGACAGCCAAUCCCCAUGGAAGUAUUCUGCUCCCAACCUGAUGCCCCUUCGACAGCGCCCGGGAGACCCCUCACUGGCCCUGGGCUAUCAGAGGGAUCUGAACUGGUCUGACUCAGACCCCUCCCUCUUCCAGUCCCAGAGCCAAUCACAGCGCACCUCCAUCUCUAAGACCCUCCCACCAAAGCACCUCACCCAGCAGGCUCCCAUUGAUAGCCCCCUGAUGAUGUCAUACGGCCUGGAGAAGAGCUCCAGUCUCGGGGAGCUUCGCGGCGGAGGAAGUCCCGCCCUCGCCCCUGCUUACUCCACACACUCCCUAUGCCCCGCCUCCUUUGACCCUGAUGCGCGGUCGGGGAAGGGGGACAGCCGUAUUCCCCACAUGCAGGCCAAGAAGAGCGCCUUGGAAGAGGAUAACUGUUUCACGAGUGAAGAGAUCGACUUGGGCAACGAGCGCAAGAAACACACCUUCAAGAUAUUCAAGAAGAGGAAGUAGGCGUAAAAUCACUCUGUCCUCACAGGGAGGCACCACAGAGAAAGAGCUACACUCCCGCUGUUCACACACACUAUAGGCUAGCAUACCACUUAGCAUACCAACCAUUGGGCAUGCAUUCGAAGGGGUCUACAACUAGUAUGGAUAUUAGAACAUGGCUGUGGACUAAGAAUAUAAUAAGUGACAUGGUCUAAGGACAUAUCAAUAAAUUACAUGAAUUAAAGAAAAAUAACCUAGAUAAAUGGCAUUUAUGGAUGCGCUUCUCGUCUUCUCGUCUAAUGCCUUAUCGGAGGUGUCCACUCUCUGGACAUACCAGUUCAAUUCCCACUCUUUCUGAAUAAGCUCUUUGCUUUUAAUACAGCGUUACUGCUGUAGCUUAAAAACAGAGUAGGCCAAAGCCUUGAAGAAAUGUUUAAAGCUUUAAAUGUGAAUGCCACAAUAAUUAUAGAUAUUAUGUAUAAAGUUGUUUGUGAACAUACAGGCCAGCAAGGUUUUAUUUGAUAUUAUUUUUGUAAUUUCUAAUUUUAUGGCUGCAUAAGUGUUUUGUUGUGUUUAUUUUAUGUUUUGAAGGGGGGUUUGGUACUUUACUUUUCAGGAGGCGGUGGGUACAGAUAGAUCACAUAUGUUCAAAAUUUAUAUAUUUGGAGUUGAUUCCAGUCAAAAGUUUUGGCACACAUUCAAGCGUUUUUCUUUAUCUUUACUGCUUUCUACAUUGUAGAAUAAUAGUGAAGAAAUCUAUGAAAUUACACGAAAAAAAGUGUUAAACAGUUCUAAAUAUAUUUUAUAUUUGAGAUUAUUCCAAGUUACCACCCUUUACCAUGAUGACAUGGUGCAUUCUCUCAACCAGCUUCAUGAGGUAGUCACCUGGAAUGCCAUUUGUGUUCGAGCCAAUCGGUUGUGUUGUGACAAGGUAUAGGGGUGGUAUACAGAAGACAGAACUAUUUGGUAAAAGACCAAGUCCAUAUUAUGGCAAGAACAGCUCCAAUAAGCAAAGAGAAACGACAGUCCAUCAUAACUUUAAAACAUGACGGUCAGUCAAUCCGGAAAAUGUCAAAACUUUGACAUUUUCCUCAAGUACAAGUCGCAAAAACCAUCAAGCACUAUGAUGAAACUGGUGAGGACCACCACAUUAAAGGAAGACCCAGAGUUACCUCUGCUGCAAAGGAUAAAUUCAUUAAGCGUUACCAGCAGUUAUUGCAGCCCAAAUAAAUGCUUCAUAGACACAUCUCAACAUCUAUUGUUCAGAGAAGACUGCGUGAAUCAGGUCUUCAUGGUCGAAUUCCUGCAAAGAGCUAGAGGACAUCAAUAAGAAGAAGAGACUUGCUUGGGCCAAGAAACACGAGCAAUGGACAUUAGACUGGUGUAAAUCUGUCCUUUGGUCUGAUGAUUUUUGGUUCCAACCGCCGUGUCUUUGUGAGACACCAAUGAGACACCAAUGACCUCUGCAUGUAGUAGUUCCCACCGUGAUUAAUUUAGAAUUCAAGGCACACUUUAACCAGCAAUAUGGCUACCACAGCAUUCUGCAGCGAUAUCCCAUAUCAUUUGUUUUUCUACAGGACAGUGACCCAAAAUCCCUCCAGGCUGUGUAAGGGCUUUUUAACCAAGAAGGAGAGUGAUGGAGUGCUGCAUCAAAUGACCUUGCUUCCACAAUCCCCCGACCUCAUCCCAAUUGUGAUGGUUUGGGAUGAGCUGGACUGCAGAGUGAUGGAAAAGCACCCAACUAGUGCUCAGCAUAUUUGGGAACUCAUUCAAGCCUGUUGAAAAAGCAUUUCAGGUGAAGUUAGUUGAGAUAAUGCCGAGUUUGCAAAGCUGUCAAUGCACAGGUUUGUAAGUGUCCAUAACGUUUAUUAUAAGAUAUAAACUGAACACUAUGAAAUAUAAAACAAUAAACGUGAACAUGAACGAAAACCGAAACAGUAACGUGUGGCUACUUAGAAAAAUGUCAAAUAUUAAAUAUAUUUUGAUUUAUUUAACACUUUUUUGGUUACUAAUGAUCCCAUAUGUAUCAUUUCAUAGUUUUGAUAUCUUCACUGUUAUUCUACAAUUGUAGAAAAUAGUAAAAAUUUAGAAAAAACCUUGAAUGAGUAGAUGUGUCACCCAUUUUUUAAGGUGCUUUUUAGUCCAAGUUUAGGCGCAAUCCAUGUCUGGGAAACCGGCCCGAUGUAAUCAUGCCAAAUAUGUUACGCUACCGUUCAAAAGUUUGGGGUCACUUAGAAAUGUCCUUGUUUUUGAAAGAAAAACACAUUUUUUGUCCAUUAAAAUAACAUCAAAUUGAUCAGAAAUACAUUGUGUAUAAAUUAUUAAUGUUUAAAAUUACUAUUGUAGCUGGAAACAGCUGAUUUUUAUGGAAUAUCUACAUAGGUGUACAGAGGCCCAUUAUCAGCAACCAUCACUCCUGUGUUCCAGCGGCACAUUGCUAAUCCAAGUGUAUCAUUUUAAAAGGCUAAAUAGAAAAUAAUUUUUAUGUCAGCACAGCUGAAAACUGUUGCAAUUUUACAACUGGUCUUCUUUAGACUAGUUGAGUAUCUGGAGCAUCAGCGUUUUUGAGUUCGAUUACUGGAUCAAAAUGGCCAGAAACAAAGAACUUUCUUCUGAAACUCGUCAGUCUAUUCUUGUUCUGAGAAAUGAAGGAUAUUCCAUGUGAGAAAUUGCCAAGAAACUGAAGAUCUCGUACAACGCUGUGUAUUACGCCCUUCACAGAAAAGCGCAAACUCUAACCAGAAUAAAAAGAGGAGUGGGAGGUCCCAGUGCACGAUUGAGCAAGAGUCCAAGUACAAUUAGAGUGUUUAGUUUGAGAAACAGAUGCCUCACAAGUCCUUAACUGGCAGAUUCAUUCAAUAGUACCCCCAAAACACCAGUCUCAACGUCAACAGUGUGUCUCCGGGAUGCUGGCCUUCCAGGCAGAGUUCAUCUGUCCACCUCUGUUCUGUGUUCUUUUGCCCAUCUUAAUCUUUACUUUUUUAUUGGCCAGUCUGAACUUGACUGGCCUGCACAGAACCCUGACCACAACCCUAUCUGAACACCUUUCGGAUGAAUUGGAACAGCGACUGCGAAACAGGCCUAAUCGCCCAACAUCAGUGCCCUACCUCACUAAUUCUCUUGUGGCUGAAUGGAGCAUGUCCCUGCAGCAAUGUUCCAACAUCUAGUGGAAAACCUUCCCAGAAGAAUAAAGGUUGUUAUUUAGGGGCAGGGUUAGAGUCAGGCAUGAGCCUGGUGUUGACAUUAAAGAUAGGGUUAAGGGUUGAGGUUUGAGCCGGAAUGUGGACAUGAAGCUAGAGUUUGGGUUUGGUUAGGGUUGAGCUGGCAGUGGACAUGAAGCUAGGAGUUAGGUUUUUAGUUAUGGUUAGGGUUGCGCAGGGAGUGGACAUAUAAAUCUAGAGUUAGGGUUUGGUUGAGCUGGGAGUGGACAUGAAGCUAGACUUAGGGUUUGAUUAGGGUUGAGCUCUUCAGUAUUGGUUCUAAUUCAAGGUAUCAGGUGCCAUGACCAAUUAAAAUGCACAAAUACCAUAACUACUCUCCGGGAAGUGGGUACAUUUUUAAAUAAAGAAUGCCAAGAGUGUGCAAAGCUGUCAUCAAGGCACAGGGUGGUUACUUUGAAGAAUCUCAAAUAUAAAAUAUAUUUUUACUUGUAUAACCCUUUAUUUCAUAGUUUUCAUGACUUCACUAUUAUUCUAAUUUGCCAUUAAUUGUAAAAAAUAAAGGAAUGAGUAAGUGUCAA